GAGGAGGUAGUGUUGGGUGUCACUUUUUCAAGUCAGUGCGACGCACGCAAAACCACCAGCGGUUCACCAGAGAAGAAUUACCGGAGAAGUCUACAUGAUUUUCGAGAAAUCAGAAUCGGAAAUCCUCGUGCCUGAAGGAACCACUGAGAAGGAGAAGAACCACAAGCUGAGCAACAGCCAAAGCCGAAUGUGUAGAAUAAGGAAGAAGAAUAUUCGUCUGUUGACUGUUUGUUGACACUCGUGAGGAGUUGUUGGGAUCUCUUGCGUCCAGACAUGGGGAGACGGAGAUUUCUUUCCUGAUUCUGCGCUCUCUCGCGUAAGCGAUUCCUACGUAAAUGGACACGAUGUUGCUGGCUUCCGCCGUGGUGGUCUGGGAAUGGCUGAACGAGCACGGGCGCUGGCGGCCCUACAGCCCGGCCGUGUCUCACCACAUCGAGGAGGUGAUAAGAAGCGAUCCCCGCGGCGGCAGCGUCGUCCUAGGCCAAGCUGACAGCCGCCUGUCGCCCUACAUCAUUGAUCUCCAGUCCAUGCAUCAGUUCAGACAGGACACCGGUACGUUAAGACCAGUGCGAAGGAGUUUCUAUGACCCCACCUCAGCACCAGGCCAAGGCUGGAUAUGGGAGUGGGAAAAUGACACUGGAACCUGGAUAACCUAUGACAUGGAGGUGAGCAUUGCAUUGCAAGCAGCAUGGGACCGACACCAACCCUGGCUAGACAUGACAUCGAUGGGCUUUUGCUACUUUGUGGACUUCAAAACUAUGAUCCAGUUUAACAGGCAAACACAGCGGCAGAGGCGCAUCCAGAGACGCUCAGACAUGGUUUAUCCACUAGUUUCUGGGCCUCUGCCAAAAAAUUCACAGGCUUGGGGUUCUGCCUUGGGGGCUGGAGGCAUGGCUAAAGGAGUUAUAUCAGGUGCGGGGUCAACAGGGGCUCUUCUUGGGGUAGGCCUUUCUGGUUCUACCCUAAGCCGUAAAGGAAGUGCAGUUUAUCCAAGCGGGACACUUUCGGUAUCGUCGCUUGCUCCUCUUGGACAGCCAUGUGCCUGCCAGCAGUGCAUGCUGGUGUUGAGUGUAAAAUCCAAUGGCACCUCAUCACAGACUCUAGGACGUGCAACAAAGCCAAACAGUCCUAAAUCCAACUUUGGGACAAUUUCGUCCUCUUCAGCGUCCAUGUCCGUUUUGAACUCUUAUUCUCAAACGCUUCCACAUGGCACGUCACUGAAGUCUUCGCCCUCAGAAGAAGCUAAGAAUUUUGAUCAAUCGUUAUCCCUUCUCACAUCGGGCACUGCCAGUCUUUCAGUUUCGUCUAGCCGGCCAAGGCUUCCAUCUUUACCUCCACCUCCAAAUCUGCCGUCACUGAAUCAACACCCCCCAUCAGCCCCAAGCUCAUCGUCCUCAGCAACAUUUGUGCCAACUGCCGUUCUGGUGAACACCUCAACCAGUCCCACAUCAUCCACAGUUUUGACGUCCUCCUCAACAACCCUGCCCUCUCAACGCUCCACUGCCUGUGCUGCUCCUCUACCACCUCGUGCCAGUCUGGCAGGGCUUAGUCGGCCUGCUUUGCAGAGAAUUGCCAUGGCGCAGUCACGGGCUCUUAUUGCUUCUGGUGUGCCAACAGUACCAGUGAAGAAUCUUAAUGGCUCCAGCCCUGUCCAACCGGCUUUAGCUGGUAUUACUGGUAUUCUGAUGAGUGCUGCGGGACUACCUGUAUGUUUGACCCGUCCCCCAAAACUAGUCCUACAUCCCCCACCUGUCAGCAAGAGUGACAUAAGGCCAAUUCCUGGCAUCGGGCACUGUUGCCGCAAGACCACCAAAAAACAAGCUCGCAAAGGUAAAACCCCUGAGGAAGUGGUAAAGAGGUACUUGCAGAAGGUCAGGAGUCCACCAGAAGAAGACUGUACUAUCUGUAUGGAGACUCUAGGGGGCCCAUCGGGUUAUAAGGGUCCGGGUGUAGCAAGUGUUUCACGUGCAGAGUCAGUCGGACGACUGGCACAAUGUGGGCAUCUGUAUCACCUGCAGUGCCUAGUGGCCAUGUACAACAAUGGCAACAAAGAUGGCAGCCUGCAGUGUCCCACAUGCAAAACUAUAUAUGGAGUAAAGACAGGCAACCAGCCGGCCGGUAAAAUGGAGUACCAUGUCAUCCCGCACUCACUUCCGGGACACCCAGACUGCAAAACCAUUCGCAUCAUCUACAACAUACCGCCCGGGAUACAGGGUCCUGAGCAUCCAAACCAAGCAAAACCUUUCACUGCAAGAGGAUUUCCCAGACAUUGUUAUCUUCCAGAUAAUGAAAAAGGACGCAAGGUGUUACGGCUGUUGUUAGUGGCGUGGGAUCGACGACUGAUCUUCUCCGUGGGAACCUCCAGCACCACUGGAGAAUCAGACACUGUCAUCUGGAACGAGAUCCAUCACAAGACAGAAUUUGGCUCCAAUCUCACUGGACAUGGUUACCCAGAUUCUGGCUAUCUUGACCAUGUGCUGGAGGAGCUUAAAGCCCAGGGGAUCACUGAAGAUGAGGAACAGCUCCUGUGAGGAGGACAGGCUGUGCUUGAUGGUGAAUGACGGUACUAGAACAGAGAUGGCCAAGAUCGUUCUUGGAGACCCCACAGUCCUGCAGGGUUUUGAUCCAAUCUUAAUUAAAGGCAUAGUUCACCCAAAAAUGACAAUUCUGUCCACGUUUACUCACCCUUCAGUUCCAAAUCUUUUAUGAGUUUCUUUUUUCUGUUGAACACAAAAGCAGAUCAUUUAAAAUAAGCUAAAAACCUGUAACCAUUGACUUUCAAAAUAGGAAAAACAAAUACUAUAGAAGUCGAUGAUUACAGAUUUCGCAUGUGUUAAGUCAUGACAUAUAAAAUACUGUUUCCAGGUUCAAGUCGCUACAUAUUUGAAUUGAGGAAAUAUUCGUUUAUGACCACUUUUUAGUCCUAACACACAUUAAAGUGAAUUUUAUAUAAAAUCCUAGGUUACACAACAGUCUCUAGACUUUCUGCUGCAUCACAGACAUAAACAUUUUAACAAUUUAUGGCCAUCUGAUAUUAGGCAUGGAUGUGUGUGUGUG